AUGCAACAAAAAGAGUUCACCUCCCUUCCCCCACGGCCCAAGCUCAACUCUUCUGCAGAAGAAGCCUAUCCUUGGUAUUCUGUUGGAUCGGGAAUCUGGGAGUAUCCUCUCAACUUAAGUAAUUCUUUGGACUCUCCCACUGGCACUACUUCUAUCACUUCAGGCGAAAGAUCAGUCAUACAGUGGUCCUCCUCUAGCGACUUAUCUCGGAAUAACUCCGUCAUCACACACGACUACAUCGAGGAAGUAAUUUUUCUCGAAGGCGGGUUGAAGGACUUGACUCUUCAGCAGGAGUGGGGUCCAGGAGCGUAUGCGUAUCGGUUACCGGGUAUGAAGCAUGGACCGUAUCGGGCUGGCGAGAAUGGUUGUCUGGAGUUUGUGAGGUGCAUCAGUGUGACAAAGGGAAAUUGA